AUGGCCGACCUUCCACCCGCUCGUCUAGCAGCUUUCACACGACCAUUCACGCACGCAGGGAUCGACUAUUUCGGGCCGAUUGAAGUCACUGUCGGCAGAAGAGUGGAAAAGCGAUGGGGAAUGAUAGUGACUUGCCUCACCGUCCGGGCCAUUCACCUCGAAGUCGUGCACUCUCUCAGCACGAGUUCCUGUAUCAUGGCUCUCCGGAAUUUCAUGGCACGACGUGGUACCCCUCAAAAGGUCUACAGCGACCGUGGUACUAAUUUCGUGGGUACAAAUCGAGAACUGCUUCAGACCAACGAAACUAUCAACGAACUCGAGUAUAUGGAAGAAUUUGCUAAAUCUGGCAUCGAAUGGGUCUUCAACCCACCUCUCGCUCCGCACAUGGGCGGUAGUUGGGAGCGGUUGAUUCGCACUAUAAAGAACAAUUUGAUGGUUGUAUGUUCAUCUAGAAUACCCUCCGACGAAGUGUUCCGCAAUUUGCUUAUUGAAGUUGAGAACACUGUCAAUUCGCGACCCUUAUCCCAUGUGCCAAUAGAUGAGGAUUCGGCACCUGCACUGACACCGAAUCAUUUUUUACUGGGAUCUUCAAACGGAACAAAGCCCCUCAGCCAACUGGACGACAGCGGAGCGCAUCUCCGUCAAAACUGGAUUACGUCACAGUGCCUCGCAAACCAAUUUUGGAAACGUUGGAUAACGGAUUACCUGCCCGAGAUCACUAGAAGAACCAAGUGGUUUCAUAGAUCCAAACCGAUUGCCAUAGGCGACGUGGUAGUCAUUGCCGACCCAAAGAUGCCACGUAACUGCUGGCCGAAGGGCAAGAUCAUCGGGACAAAGGUCAGCACGGAUGGUCAAGUCCGGUCUGCAACGGUAAGGAUAUCGAAUGGAGUAUACGAUCGCCCAGUGACGAAGCUAGCAGUAUUGGAUGUUGGGUGCGACAACAAGUAA